CUGCUAACCUAUACUAACCUCUAUGGUGGAGAUUAGUAAGAAAUUUUGUAUCAGAUAAGUGAUAAUAAUUAAAAUUGUUUAAAGGCAAAUUUAUCAACAAAUUAUUAAAAACUAAUAAUCAAUACUAUGAUUUUCAAAAACUUGAGAUUGUUGAAGUAUAUGUGCGCAAAUUAACUUAUUUUUGUUAACAGUUAUUUUUAAAAUAUUUAUUUCUAUUUAUAUAUAUUAAGAAGUGUAUUGAUAUUAUAUUAUGAGAUGGAAUUAGCAAAAGAAAUUGUCGAUGGCUUGGCAAACAUCCAAAAUAGCAACAUUUUGCCCGAAGAAGCAUUUCUACAGUUAUUAGAUAUUAUAAUGUUAUAUAUUUCUAAAAAUAACAAUGGAAAAAGUAUCGCAACUGUUCAUCCAUCCAAGUCAGAUCUGAUAAAGGCUGCAGUUGUUAAUGUAUCCUGCCUUUUUAUAGAGGCUGCUCGACAUGAUUACGAUGAGGAAAGCUUAAAACAUUUUCUACAUAAUGAACACAUUAAUGGGCAUAGAAUUGAAACGUUAUGUAGUACAUAUAUAAACAAUAAACAAAAUAUCCAAACUCAGCUGGAAUUAACAGGAAAUAGUUUACCUCACAUAGUAGACAUAGAUUGGCGUUUGCAUCAUUGUGUUAAGAUUAGCACUCGAUUUACCAAUGUACCAAUUUAUAACAUACGAAUAAGUACAAAAGAAUGUAAUCAAGUGAGACAUGUAAUAUUUACAUGUACCAUACAACAACUACAAGAGUUGGUAUACAAGUUGAAGGAUGCUAUAAGACACAUUGAAAAAAUGUCUAAUAUAUAAACUUCUACUGAGUGAUUAUAAUGUACAGUUUAUAAAUUCCUUUAACUUUGCUUGUAGUAAUUUGUAUAUAAGGAUAAUGUUUUAUAUAAAUAAUACAGUUUUCUGUAAGUGCAGUCAAUUAUAUUUUUGCAUAAUUAGUGAAGAGAAUCUUUGAAUUCUAUGUAGAAUCACUAUUGUUUUUUUUUCCAUAUGUUUAUACAUGUAUACGCAUACACAUAUACACAUAUAUAAAA